CAGAACAGCAGUGUUAAGUCAAAAGGGAACAUCUUCAUCAGGGAUACUGUGUUUUUUACAGGAUUCAAGAAAAAUCUACUGACAUCCGACCGGUCAUUUGGAAAGGAAAGACGGCCGAAUUGUUUGCGCUUUAUCGGAUUUGGAUCAAUAUUCACGGGCUGAUGCGGACAUGGCAAGUCUCCGUGUCAGCUUUAUCGAUACACAUCGGCAACAUCCGAAGCACAUAAAGUGAACGAUAAAUCAUAAGUGAGCAAAUUUAUCCGAUCUGUCCCGAUUUCAUCGAUGCGCAUGCGAGAAAACAGUUCUGGAUAUGCUGAUAUGAAGUGAUACAGGCUUGAAUGUGCCAUCAAGAUAAUGUGAUUUUUUGGCUUUCCAUAGACGUAUUCCCGUGACUUUACCAUCGGCAACUCAACAACCGGGACUAAUUUGUACGAAUUAGUUUGUAAAGUGUUCAUAAACGGCGCAUUUGUUGGUUAAAGGACGGAUGUCUUAAUCUACAGUCAGCUGACCACCUCAGAAUUCAUUGCAUUAGGAGAGAUACCGUGGAGUUUCCUCUUUAUUCGCUUAAACAGAAGGCUGAUUUGGAGCCAGAUAUUUACUUUUGUGUUAAAGGAAGCUGUAAAGAUCGUGGUUAAAGAGUAACGGGAUCUCAAGAGAUGUCAGGCCGGCCUAGGACCACCUCAUUUGCGGAGAGCUGCAAGCCAGUGCCGCAGCCUUCAGCCUUUGGCAACAUGAAAGUCAGCAGAGAUAAAGAUGGCGGUAAGGUGACGACAGUGGCCGCGACCCCCGGUCAGGGUCCCGACCGGCCUCAGGAGGUCAGCUAUACAGACACAAAGGUCAUUGGAAACGGCUCAUUUGGGGUCGUAUAUCAGGCCAAGCUUUGUGACACCAGCGAGCUGGUGGCCAUAAAGAAGGUGCUACAGGACAAAAGGUUUAAGAAUCGUGAGUUACAGAUCAUGAGGAAGCUGGAUCACUGUAACAUUGUCCGUCUUCGGUAUUUCUUCUACUCCAGUGGAGAUAAAAAGGAUGAGGUGUAUCUGAAUUUGGUGAUGGACUACGUGCCUGAGAACGUGUACCGAGUGGCCAGACACUACAGCAAAGCCAAGCAGAAUCUGCCCAUGGUUUAUGUGAAGCUGUAUAUGUAUCAGCUGUUCCGCAGUUUGGCGUACAUCCAUUCAUAUGGGAUCUGCCAUCGAGACAUCAAGCCACAGAACCUCCUGCUGGACCCGGAGACGGCUGUGCUUAAGCUCUGUGAUUUCGGAAGUGCAAAGCAGCUGGUGCGUGGAGAGCCUAAUGUCUCCUACAUCUGCUCCCGGUACUACAGGGCCCCUGAACUCAUUUUCGGAGCCACUGACUACACUUCCAGCAUAGACAUUUGGUCAGCUGGUUGUGUAUUGGCUGAGCUGCUGCUUGGACAGCCCAUUUUCCCUGGUGACAGCGGUGUAGAUCAGCUUGUUGAGAUCAUUAAGGUGCUGGGAACUCCUACACGAGAGCAGAUUCGGGAGAUGAAUCCAAAUUACACUGAAUUCAAGUUUCCACAGAUCAAGGCACACCCAUGGACCAAGGUUUUCCGGCCCCGGACCCCUCCGGAGGCAAUCGCUCUGUGUUCGCGAUUGUUGGAGUACACUCCUACAGCCCGUCUCACUCCUCUGGAGGCCUGCGCUCACACUUUCUUCGACGAGCUCCGUGAGCCAAACCUCAAGCUCCCCAACGGAAGAGAACGGCCUGUGCUUUUUAAUUUCACCACACAGGAGUUGUCCAAUAACCCCUCGCUGGCGUCUGUACUGAUCCCUGCACAUGCUCAGAACCAGGCCGAAAACUCUACCCAGUCUGCCUCAGCCGCAACAGGUGCCAACAGUGGUGAUCGUGGUCUGAACACCAACGCUGCCUCUGCCGCUCCAAAUCCUUCAACUUGAACCCCAUCCACGCAUCAGUGGGUCACUUUUACGCUGCUGCUUAUUAGCCACGCCCACUUUAUGAAUCACGGGCGGAGACAUGGGCGUGGCUAAAACAAAUCGAAAAGCUCAUGAUGUGAUGGAUGCACCAAUCAGUCCUUCCCCCAGCCGUUGUCUUUGUUUUUAUUAUUAUUAUGAUUAAUUUAUUUGCUCUAAAGGACGUAAUGAGGGCUCAGAAACAUGCCUCAGGACUGUCUGCGGUGAUGUUAGACAAUUCUCUCUCUCUAUAUAUAGAUAGAUAUAUACACACUCACUUAUAUACACCGUUACUCCUACAAAUGUGUUUCUCACAUGUCUACUUGGACAUUUUUUUUAAAGGGAAAUCUGUAUGCUGUAGCCGCUGCUUCUUUUAUAAUCAUCUCCUGGUCAACUAUGGGUAGAGACAGAGAUUUUGAUUAUGAGCUGACACACAUUAGCUGGUUUCUGAGCCGGUUUAAUGGCAUGGACAGAUUUCCAGGGCUUGUGUACAUUGUGUAGACUAUGUGAAAUAUAUGCUAAUGACUUUUGCCUUUACCCUCAGUAUUGGGCGGAUAUGUUGUAUGCUUAAGCUGUUUGCUGCUGUGUAUGUUUUUGGGUUUUUUUUGACCACUUUUGAAAGAGUGACAUUAUCCAUUAGUUUUCUGCUCGUCUUCCUGUUGUAUAGAACUUCACUGAACUCUGCAGACGUUGUAACACACGAUCGGAUAAAAAGUUGGAAUAUUUAUGAUUUUUUAAAAUACAUUUUUGAAAGACUUUUAGCUUAUGAAAGCUGCAUUUAUUUAAUCAAGGAUAGAGUAAAAAAAGAGUAAUAUUGUGAAAUGUUGUUUAAAUGUAAACUGUUUUACUAAUUUAGUAUUUUUAUUUACUCCCAUUAGGCCUGUCACAAUAAUCAAUAUAAUCAACCCAGGCUCAUUCAGAAAAGGUUCACCAUAUACAUUUCUGGAAAGUGCGAAAUAUGUCCCUGGAGGUAAAUUUCAAAUCCACCAGAGGUCGCUGUGUACGCUUUUUAAAAUCUCAAAUUUCUCUCACGAGUGCCAUUCGCGCCUGCUGUUCUCAUGUAAAUCCACCAGAGGCCGCUGUCGACUAACUGACUGACCAACCGACUGAUAGCUCCACUCACCCCCUUCCCUUAACCCAACCGAUAGUGUUUGAAAAAGCACUGAUUGACCAGGGACCACCCACUUCCCUAAACCCAACCAACGUUUUAAAAAGCAAUCCAGAAAAAGAAAAGCCCUCGCCUGAUUUUUUACUACGUUUUCAAAUUUUACCACAUUCUCACCCUUUUAAUUUACUUGUUUAUUGAAUUUUUUUUGGCUUCUGUUUUUGUCUUACCUGCUUUUUGGAACCAUUCUAUGCUGGACUUGAACCCUGUCGUUGCAGUCAACUCCUCUCUGCAUCUCAAGUCCUUCGACGUAUGUGGCGAGCUACUGGACAAACUGGUAACAGUGGGAAAGCUGUCUAUACGGAAGUAUGCGGUCAGCUGCUAAUGCAAAAAGAAACGGCGUCAUACCGCCCCGUAACGUUCAUUUUAAAAAUGAAAUGCAGCCAUAUGUUCCUCUAGCUACAUAAUUCAAGAUCUCCAGAAAUGUAUAUAGGGCUAAGCUUUCAGAAUGAGAGUAUGUUGCAAAUAAUCGACUAAUCGUGCAAUACUUGGAGAUGACCUCAAUUUUUUCCGUUAAUAAUGUUAGUACAAUAAUAUAUAUAUCUACAAAUUCACAAAUAAUGUUAAAGCCAGCGCAUAAUUUGUGCCAGAAACAUGCAGGAUCCGGAACCUCUGAAAUCUGAUUUUACCGAUCCCCCUUCUCACACGCCCGCCCGCCUCACCCCGCUUCUCACUUUCUUCCGAGACUCCCCAACCCUCUUCACUUUCGUCCGCGACAACAUCACCCCCCCCCCCC